AUGCGUAAAGAUCCACCAGUAGCCUUUGUCAAUGGUUUCGGUUGCAGGACGCUGAGUAGGAGAAGUCAUCACAAUCAGUAUUCUGAACCAGAAACCUUAUUAUUCCAUCAUUCAUCACGACAUGGGUCUUCUCCACAAUGGAGUAGAGGAUUGUAUUCACCUUCCCUUCAUUCAAGGCAUCAUCAGCAUAACGCCAACAUAUUCAGAGGCAACCAACCAAGCCCAGUUUUACAUUCGGUCAAUCCUUUGUUGGCUGCAAUAGAUCUGACUUCGACUGCUGUGGUUUACAGAGGCUUUGGAUUCUUUUCAUUAUUGGUCUCCUUUUUGGUUGGUGGUCUCUUUUUCUCCAGUAUACUAGCCGGGUUGACAGCGAUAACGGCCAUUGGUAAGCGGAAUGCACUUGAGGUUUUGUCGAUUGUCCGGUUGGUGGUUUCCAAUGUUUGGGGCUUGUUUGUUGCAAGCCUGCAAGAGUUCCGGAAGGCAUUGCGGCUGGAUGGGAAGUGGCAAUGGAAAUCAGCAUGGAUGGUACUCAAGUCGAAACUCUUGGAGACCCGUCAAGUUGCUCAAGAUGGUGUCAAUGCUGUCAAGAGCCAGGCCAAAUUCUAUGCUGCUGCAGUAGGUGUGCCGGGUCUCAUUCCUAUUCAGUAUCUAUUGGACCGACUCAUGCCCUAUACAAUUGCCUCGGCCAUGGAAGAGGCCCUGAAAGAUGCUCUGAAUAAUCUCAAGGGAAAUCCACAAAUUCGAGCGAUUCAACUAGCUUCGUUUGAAUCGGGAACCAAGGCUCCACAGCUGACAGCCUCUCGGGCCUACGAGCUGGAAAAUGCUAUUGCUUUUGACUUGGAUAUGGUUUGGAAGUCCAAUCUUGCUUUUACCUUGAACAUUACUCCCAAACUACUUUGGAUCAAGAUCCCUGUCAGCAUCCAAAAUCUAGUCUUCAAGGGAUGCGUCCGAGUCCAACUGACUCCACUUACCAAGAAACCGCCGGGAUUUGGAGCCAUUCUAGUUUCUUUCCCUGAGGUUCCCGUUAUCGAUAUGGACAUUCAAGUUGCUGGAGGCCAAAUCACCAAAGUGCCUUGGCUGAGAAAGGAAAUUGAAAACGAAAUCGCCAAAGCAGUAAAGGAUGAAUUCUUGUGGCCCAAACGUGUCGUCAUCCCAAGUGCACCCAAUUCUUUGUCAAGGAAACAACUCCUAGAACUCCAGCAGGAAGAUAAGGAUCCAUUUCGUCUGGCAGAGCUAGCCCAAGAAUCCGAGCAACCCAUUUUGAAAGAAUACAUGGAGUCUUGCAAACCUGAUCAAAAGUCGUUGUUGUCCAAUCUUAAGAUCAUGGUCCGACCCGAAAAGGAAGAGAAGAAGGGAUAA